AUCCCUGCUUUUUAGGUUAUGUGUUCUUGUUUUUCCUUCAUUCCACGUGCAGUAAAAAAUAUACAAUUCUAUCAAUAGUGUAAUUUUAAGCUUAAAUAUGGAUAUAGUGAAUGAAAUUCUCGAGAGAGAACAACAGGAACAGGCCAAGUACAAGCCAAUCACAGUGGAAAAGUUGCUGGAAGUACAAAAUGAUCUUGGAUUGCUUCUCUGCACGGACGUCAAUGAUUUGGAGGAGGAGAAGCUGAAGUCAGACUGUGAUGAUUACCUGCUGAAUUUGACUAGAGACAAUGUCCAGCUCCUGCUCAAUGAUCUGUGGCAGCAACCUACGGAAACAGUUGAGGAAUCUGUUCUGGCACAAUUACCAGCCCCAAAUCACAAACUCCCACGCGAGAGGAAGAUUCCUGAACCAAAACCCCUGACCAAAUGGCAAAAGUUUGCCCAGGAGAAGGGAAUAAAGAAACAGCCACGCAUGAAGAAAGUCUACGAUCAGGAGCAAGAGAAAUGGGUUCCUACUUACGGCUACAAACGUGCAGCAGCUGAGAAAGAUCGCGAUUGGGUUCUAGAAGUACCUGGAAAUGCGGAUCCAAUGGAGGAUCAGUUUCAGAAGAAGCAGGAACUCCGGAAGGAGAGAGUUGCUAAAAAUGAGAUUCAGCGGAUGAGAAAUAUUGCAAGGGCGCAGAAAGUUAAAAUACCUCGAAUUGGGAUUCCAAGUUCAGAUGCAGCUUCUUCAAAAGAGCUUUUAACAGCAGCUUCAGUAGCUAAGGCAUCGACAGCUUCUGUUGGGAAGUUCCAGGGCAAAUUGGCCAAGGAUAAGCAGGCACGAGGUUUGGGUGUUAAAGAAUUGAUUCCGGGCGUUAAACGCAAACCAUCGCAUUUGGAGCCGGAGAAGGCGCAGAAUUUGAAUGCGGUGGAGAGUGUACUGAAUAAGAGGCCCAAAUUGGACAUUGAAAAGGCCAUUUCACUCCAGAAACGUGAUGAUCGAGAGAAGCGAGAAGGUGAAGAGGCUGAAGCUACGCCGAGGAAGAGUAAGAAGGGUAAAUCAAAAUUCAAAUCGAAGGGAAUGAAGAAGCCCAAAGGCGGAAAAGGUCAGAGAAAUCCAAAUAAGCGAACACUGGGAAGAAAGAGGCGCUGAAGAUGGCCAAAAGUAAGUUGUCUCUAUUAUCACGUGCUCUGUAUCUUACAAUAUGAAAAUAUAUAUUUUUCACCACGA